GGAGGGAUUGGCCAGGUGCAAUGACUUCCAUUCUACCAUGCUAGGAGAGAAGAUGGCUCCUCUGAGAGCCGCCGAGAAGAAGGCUCAGUCCCAAAAGAUUCGCCUACACAAGCAUCACGUUGUCAAGGCAGAGACUGGAGACAAGGAGAUGACCGUCACCAAGAUCAUUGGUGCCGAUACCAUUCUGGUCAAGGCCAAGGGCGACAGCGCAGAGAAGAGGAUCAGCUUCAGCAGCAUCCGUGGGCCUCGAACCAACGAGCCCUCCGAGAGCCCCUUCAGAGACGAGGCAAAGGAAUUCCUGAGAUCAAAAUUGAUUGGAAAGCACGUCAAGGUCAGCGUUGAUGGAACCAAGCCCCCAUCCGAAGGCUUCGAGGCCAGAGACGUGGCCACAAUUACGGAAAAGGGCAAGAACAUUGGUCUUGCGCUGGUAGAAGCUGGCUGGGCUUCUGUCAUUAGACACAGGAAAGAUGAUACCGAUAGGGCACCCAACUACGACGAGCUUCUUGUGGCUCAAGAGAAGGCCAAGGAGGAGACGAAGGGCAUGUGGUCUGGAAAGCCUCAAAAGGCUAAGCAGUACCUGGAUCUCUCAGAAAACACUCAGAAAGCCAAGAUUAUGCUUGCUACACUACAGCGUCAGAAGAGAGUGCCUGCUAUUGUUGACUUUUGCAAGGCCGGUUCUCGAUUCACCAUCCUUAUUCCCCGCGAGAACGUCAAGCUUACCUUGGUUCUGGGUGGUAUCCGCGCCCCAAGAGCCCCUCGUGCUGAUGGACAAGGUGGCGAGCCUUUCGGCAAGGAGGCUCUCGACCUGGCCAACCGACGCUGCAACCAGAGGGACUGCGAGGUGAAUAUUCAUGAUAUGGACAAGGUCGGUGGAUUCAUCGGCGAACUGUACAUUGGCCGUGAAAACUUUGCCAAGGUCCUUAUUGAAGAGGGCUUGGCCUCAGUACACGCCUACUCUGCCGAGAAGUCAGGAAACUCUGUCGAGCUUUUCGCGGCCGAGAAGAAGGCAAAGGAGGCCAGGAAUGGUUUGUGGCAUGACUAUGACCCUUCACAAGAGGAGGAAAAUGCCGAUGAGGGUGCUGAGGAGAACGGCGCUCCCGAGGCGGAAGUCACGCUGGACAAGAAGCCGGCUGAUUACCGAGACGUUAUCAUUACCAACAUUGAUGGAAACGGAAGACUCAAGAUUCAAGAGAUUGGAAAGGGCACAGCAGCUUUGGAAUCUCUGAUGAGCGAAUUCCGAAAGUUCCACAUCGAUUCCAAGAACAGCAAGCCCCUCGCAGACGCUCCCAAGACUGGAGAAUUCGUGUCUGCCAAGUUCUCAGCCGAUGGCCAGUGGUACCGUGCGCGAGUCCGAGCCAAUGACCGCACAGCCAAGCAGGCAGAGGUUGUGUAUGUGGACUACGGCAACAGCGAGAAGAUUGCUUGGUCCAGCCUACGGUCCUUGGACCAGACCAAGUUUGGUGUCCAGAAGCUCAAGGCCCAAGCCAUCGAUGCAUCGCUGUCGUUUGUGCAGCUGCCCACCGCCGCGCACUACUUUGAGGAUGCUAUCGGCUUGAUCUAUGAGCUGACUGAGGGUAAGCGCCUGGUUGCCAACUUUGAUCUUAUCGACAGCAAGGAGAACAUUAGCUACAUCACGCUCUAUGACACCAAGGGAGAUGGCUCUCUGCCCGGACCCAAUGACUCCAUCAAUAAGGAGAUUGUAGUCAGCGGAUACGGCAUGGUGCCCAAGAAGCUCAAGGCAUGGGAGCGUAGCAAGGCUUUUGAGUCGUGCCUGAAGCACCUGCGGGAAGUCGAGGGCCAGGCAAAGCAGGACAGGCAGGGUAUGUGGGAGUAUGGCGAUAUCACGGAAGACUAAAUGGGCAACGGAAGAUAUAAAAAAAUGUUUGGGGGUAAAAAGGAGGGGAGGUUCUUUCAACUAGGGAUUUUCUUUCUUUUUAUAGUUUACAUAGCAUAAAGCGAGAAAUUGCAUUCCCGACGAUACGUCAGUACAAAGAAGAUGGUUUAUCAAAAAAAAAAGUAUCUUGUUAUAUCAA